AUGACUGCGGAGGAGGCUUCACAGGCUGAGUUGGAGGAGAACGGUCUUCCAGGACCAGGCGCUCCUACGCCUCUAUCGGCCCUCGAGGGCGUUGGAGGCCUAACCGCACGAGACAUCAAACUGAUUACCGAUGGAGGAUUUCAUACUGUCGAGGCAGUGGCAUAUACGCCAAAACGUGUAUUGGAGCAGAUCAAGGGAAUUUCAGAGCAAAAGGCUACAAAAAUACUGACAGAAGCGGCUAAGAUUGUGCCUAUGGGUUUCACAACUGCGACUGAAAUGCACUCUCGUCGAGCGGACUUGAUAUGUAUAACUACUGGCUCCAAGCAGCUUGACACUCUCCUUGCCGGUGGUAUUGAGACAGGAUCCAUCACAGAACUCUUCGGUGAAUUUCGAACAGGAAAAAGUCAAAUAUGCCAUACCCUAGCCGUCACUUGCCAGCUGCCAUUCGACAUGGGCGGUGGUGAAGGCAAGUGUCUUUAUAUCGAUACCGAAGGAACCUUUCGGCCCGUACGUCUGUUGGCUGUGGCACAAAGAUAUGGGCUCGUGGGUGAAGAAGUGCUGGAUAACGUCGCAUAUGCCCGUGCCUACAACUCCGACCACCAGCUUCAGUUGCUCAACCAGGCUUCCCAGAUGAUGUGUGAGACGCGGUUCUCCCUCCUCAUUGUUGACUCCGCCACCUCGCUUUACCGAACGGAUUUCAGUGGCCGUGGAGAGCUAUCGUCAAGACAAAACCACCUGGCUCGCUUCAUGCGCACCCUACAACGCCUUGCUGAUGAAUUCGGCGUUGCCGUUGUCAUUACUAACCAGGUUGUCGCACAAGUCGACGGCGGACCAAGUGCAAUGUUCAAUCCUGAUCCCAAGAAGCCCAUUGGUGGUAACAUCAUUGCCCACGCAAGUACCACGCGACUGAGUUUGAAGAAGGGCCGAGGAGAGACCCGAAUUUGCAAGAUCUACGACAGCCCGUGUCUGCCGGAGAGUGACUGUCUGUUUGCCAUUAAUGAGGACGGAAUUGGAGACCCUAGCCCCAAAGAUCUAGAGAAGGAGUCGUGA